CAUUUCCCCAUUCUUUUCUUUUGCUAGCUGUUCAGCAAUUCACGCAAACACCUCAAGAACCAUGAAAUCUGCUCAUGGGUUCACACUUUUUCUCCUGUUUCUGCUUCUUUCAGCUUUCGUCUUCAAUCACAACGAGGCUACAAGUAUGGCACAAGUAAAUGGGUCUUCAGAUAUGGUUCCAAUUUUGGAAGAAAAGAUGAUGUGGUUGAAUGAAAGCAAAAGGAAUUUAAGGAGUUUUCAGAUGUGUGCUGUUUGUACUUGCUGUGGCGGAGCUAGAGGCGUUUGCUUGCCGUCGCCUUGUUGCUAUGCAAUCAAUUGCAACAUUCCAAACAGGCCUUUCGGUUUCUGUUCUUUCACUCCCAAGACCUGUAAUUGCAUCGGCUGCCAUCUCUAAUUUCAAGUUUAAUUCCUUUAAAUUUAUAAAAAUCUUGAUUCUAUUGGGGUUAUAAAAGGGGAGGAAGAUAACAUUUGUUUAUUU